UACACUGUAUGUUUCUAUGUUUUUUAUUCCAGUCAAGACCUAAGGGUUGUUACGUCCUUAUAAAAUAGAGUUUAUUCCGUUUUAGGGGCUUUCUCAGUAUUUUCUGGUUGGGUCCUAGUUACUUUGAAGAAGAUCAUUUCACCGUCGAAUUCUUCGUGCGGCGUCAGUCUUCGCCUUUGAAUCCAUUGAUUCUUUCAGGGAACGUUUUGCCUUAGCAAAUUUUGUCCUAUUUGUUAUGAUUUAUAGUUUUUAGCAUAGGAUGAUUCGCUCCGGUGAAAGUGGUUGUUGUAAAACGGGUUACUGCAACCUUCGCAUAUGUCGUACAUUUUCUGCGAUGUAAUUACGGGGUACAUAGACCCUUUCACUUUAAAUACAGAAAGAUCUACUGGCGUUUUUGUCUCUAUUUUCAUUUCAGAAGAAGGCAAAUAUCACUGACGAAGAGCACAAACUGGGGAGCCGUGAAUUCAUUGAGUCUUCAAACAUUCAAUGUUAUUGACGUCUCUUGACGAUUCAGAAGAUUCAGGAGAUUCAGGCCCGAAUAAACAGCGAGGUCAGGCCUCUUGCUAUCUACAAUAGAUUCUCAUAACAUCACUGGCACUAUGCGUGACAUGUUUUACUGGUAUUCAAUCAUGGGUAUAAAACAAGGGCUAAAUCUCUUAGUUACUUUCCCAUUCGAAUCUUAGCCUGCAGAGAGACCUGUGAGCCGAGCUCAACUUGAAAUUGAUCUGGACUCAUUAAACCCGUUGUUCACCAAGAGUCACUUAUUUAAUCUUAUUCCAUUUCUAAUUGGUUAUUUUUCUCCUGUUUUUCAGGUCUGAGUCUUCUGUUUGGCAGUAGUUAAAUAUAUUUGUUUCCUUUGAGUUUUUCUUUGCAUUUAAAAUGUCACUCUUUGAGUAACUGAGCUUCGGAUACUUCCCUAACUCACAUAAGGGUAGACUGCUUACGAUCUGUCUUUCUCUUGAAAUUUAAGAAUUAAGGGAGUGUUAGGUAAGCGAGUGUUUUAUGACGAAAUGGGAUUUUGAGGCACCGCACCCCCUCAUGAGAAUUUAGAACAGACGUUUGCUCAGCACAUAUAUAUGUAUGUAUAAUGGUUUCUUUGAAGAAACUUAUAUUUACAAACGGACUCUAAGUAACGGUUACAGAGAGGUUACGCGUGACUGAGUGUUAGUGCGAAGUGUGAUGAAUACUUUUGAUUGUCAUGUCUGUCAGACGAAGGAUUUUAUAGGUAAGUAGCAAUCGAUUUGGUUAAAUGCGCGUUUCUUUUUCAGGAAAUGUUGAUAAACGAGCUCGCACACGAAACAAUAGAAGAACUCUGUAGCGCCCUAGAAAAGGUUCCCACCUUAAACUGGAAGGUGCUAAUGAAAUCAAGAUCCUUCUGUUCACUGUACACCCGGGAAGACGAUGUAGCUUUGAUAGGGAACAGUAUGAAUUUGAUAAAUGAUAUGAUCCAUCGAGAAAUUAAGCUGCAACACCUGUUGAAUGGCUUGAUGGAAAUUGGAAAUAGAAAGGCUGUUUCAAUAAUCCUGAAAGGAGGAGAAAAAUGUGGACUUAUUGUCCAGGAUUCAGGUGGACUCGUGCCCCCUACCUUCAGUAUUGAUCAGAAUCGAAAGUUCGACAACGAAAAGAAGUACUCUAAUUUUUCCUGCCAACAGCGCAGGGAACAAGGCGAAACAUUAGGCUUUCCAAUUCAAGAGGAAUGCAGCGAGAAAACAGGCCACCCAACGGACACUAGAUUUGAAUCUUCACUAAACGAAGUCAAAUAUGUGAUUUCCACAAUAUUCCCGUGCUUUUACGUGCUUGAGUAGAAAAUUUAUAAACACCCCAACCCAAAAUUACAAAAACAGCUACUGUUUAUCUGUAAACUCCUAUGACAUUUUUCAGCCGCCGUGCAGAAAAUCGAAAGCAAGUAGCAAGUUUGAUUUACACAAAACAAUUCAUGUCAUAGCCUUGUAGUGGACUUGAAGUAGGUAGGCUAUGAAGAAACAACAAGUUGGUCGUUAGGGUUAGCGAGCAUGCGCAAUUUAGCUAAAAAAAUAUGUAAAUUAAAUUACAAAGAUCUCUUUUGGUAGCUCACAGAAAAAUGUGAAAAAUGGUUAGGAAUUUAUAGCGAGCUAACAUGUAAUACACUGCCAAUGUUUAAAAAUAAUACGUGUUUAAGCUCAAAUUUUAUCUUUUUCACUCAUUCGUUUUAACUUGGUUUAAUUAAUUAGCUCGAGUUGUGCGAGUGACUCGUAACAAAAUAAUUAUAAUGAACAGAAUUGUAUAAGGAGUAGAUAAAAUUAAAAGAAUCAUGGAAGCAGA